AUGUUACACCACAGGACCAAAGAAGAAGAAGGAGAGGAGGAGGAGGUCACCGGUCGGGCCCUUCCUCCUCCCCCUGUUCCCGUUUCCAUGGAGACCGUGAUGUCCCGACAGAAGCAGGAUCUGGUGUGCAUUGUGUGUUUUGGCAGCUAUGACCUCCUGACACGGUUACCACGGCGACUACACUGUGGCCACGUGUUCUGCCAGGGGUGCCUGAAGAGGCUGGACACCGUGAUCAAUGAACAGGUGUGGAUCCCGUGUCCUCAGUGUCGACAGAACACGCCUCGGCCUCGAGGAGGCGCCGCAGGUCUGGACCUGGACCUGGCCUCCUUUCUGGGGCUGAAGGCCCAGCAGACCUGCCCCUCGUCCUGCUCCUCAUCCUCCUGGAGCUCCGGCGUCCCGGGCGGAGACGUGUCCCGGGGCGGAGACGUGUCCCGGGACGGGACGCCCUGGCUGGGAAAGGAGGCUGCAGAUGAUGCUUGGUCACAUGGAGGUCUCGCCGAGCCCCGAUUCCAUCGCUAUGGCAACUGCUGCCCGCCUCCCUCCUAUUGGCUCUGCUGCCUGUUGUGCUGCCCUGGGCGGGGCUAA